AUGACAUCUUAUGGCGCGCUCAAAGAGCAAGACGAGGUCUGGGAACGAACAUUCGAGGCACAUGACGGCGACUCCAAGUGGAACGACCCUAUCAUCAAGUACGUCCCGGAGCUCGCCGCCGCUGCCGACAAGGCCAAGGAGGAUCCCGUGGCGAACGUGGCCUGGGACGAGGUGACGAUCGGAACGCUGGCGGGACAGUUGUCGGGGGCGAUCCGAGAUUACGGCUUGAUGAGCGAAGUCACCCAAGAGUUCAACCAGAGCCAGGCCGUGGAACUGGGCUUCCCACCGCUGCAAGACUCGAACCCGAUGCUGCCCAAGUGCGGCGAAUGGCCUCAGUGCAAUAGAACGGAAUUCUUCAACGGCCCCCUAGAGGCCUACCCUUCAUUUGCUCCGUUCGCCACGCCGCCGUACACCAACAUGGGCUACCAGAUCCUCACCUACGCUCUUAAGGCCAUCAAGGGCAAGAGCUUCCAGACCAUGAUGGGAGAGAGCGUCCUGCGCCCGCUGGGCCUCAACCACACGUAA